AUGAUUGUCAUAAUGGUUGAGUUGAGUUGAGUUGAGUUGUUGAUAUGGUCUCAUCCGCGAAGUACAGACACUUAAUAUGGCACCUACUCCACAUCCGACACACCUCUCUUUUAUCAAGUCGAUCCAGUUGUAUCAUUGUGGCAUACGUCUCAUCCGAAAUGUAAUGCCGAUACGGUUCAACAUUCAAUGACAUCCAAACGCCACUCAUCGUAAACCAACGCCCUUCCCCCAUGACCCAAUUUCUAAGAAGUAUCUGCAAAAUCUGACUUAUACCCUCAUGAAGCCUCAUCUAUCUCUGCCCAUUUCGCUUUGAUUUUCUCGUUCUUGACUUUUGCGGCUUCUCGGUUCGCCGCCGUUCGUGCAAGUCGUUGCGCCCUAAGACACUUGUUUACUGCUGUCUUUUUAUCGUUGCACAUUCCCAUACAUUUCCACAGGAAUCCUCUGGCAUGGCAUUCGUCCAAAGCUGCCAUAACUUCUUCGCAAGCUGAAGAAUUGUCUUUGGUCCAUAGAUGAGGAUGCAUUUUGAUACUUCUUCUUGAAUGUGGAAUCCCAGAUCGAUGUUUGUUUUGAGUAAUAGAUUGUGACAUUCGAAAGAUCGCUCGAAGGUAUUCGGGAUAAUUCUAGGCGGUGAAAGUGGCAGUAUUAAUUUUAGUGGGUGUCCCGCGCUCAUCUUACUUGAGUACCUACUUACUCUUCGACUCAAUCUCCUAUCCUUCUCUGUGAUUCAAAGGAACGAAACUUCCCAGUCAUUCCGAAGUCUUAAUUUUUAAAAAUGGCGCAACAGAUUACGGCGCGCAAGCAGCAAGAGCUCCAAAACCAGUACACAAAUUACAAAAAUGGUCUACAGCAAAUAGCCUCGAAAAUUGGUGAUGUAGAGACAGAAGCAGAGGAGCACAAACUUGUUCUCGAAACGCUAGAACCUCUUCCUGGUGACCGAAAGUGCUUUCGAAUGAUAAAUGGCGUAUUGGUUGAGCGGACUGUAAAGGAUGUAGUACCGGCUUUGAAGACAAAUUCAGAAGGUCUACGGAAAGUCUUGGAGGAUUUGGUCAAGCAAUACAAUAGCAAACAAUCAGAAAUGGAGAAAUGGAAGAAGAAGAACAAUAUCCAGGUCGUGCAGCAGUAAAAGCGUCAGUAUUUGUCACAUAUUUCGGAGUAUGGGCGUUGCAUCAACAACAAAGAUGGGUAAAAAUCUACUUUGGCUCAUAAGGCAGUCAAUGAGGAGGCAAGGACAUGCCGGGCUAUUCUUUUGCAUAACGGGGAAGCAAAUAUGACAUACGCGGGAAAGCGUUCAUGCCCAAGAUCUCGACUUGUCGAAAUGAUUCUCCUUACUGAGUUACCCCGAAGGUUGUGAUAUUCUUAUAUGCAUCACGAGAGUUUGUACAAGGUUAUAGUAACAUUGGAUUGCUCGUAAAUCGGUGGAUGAAUCAAAACUUCUAGACCCAAAAUAUCCAGAUUACUGGUAGUUUUGAUGCGCUGUAUAACAACCAGUACUCCUGCUAGUUCAAGCCUGAGUCCUGAAUUAUCACGGCGGCUCGCGUCUCAACGCCCAACGAGAACGCCUCGAAUUUAUGUCUUUGAUGCCCAAUUGUAAAGGGCUGUCAGGAAUGAGAGGACCCGAGACGUUCAUAUUUUUGGCUAAGUUCGCAUGAGAAGCGCGGUGUGUUGUUCAAUCACCGUCAGGCUUACCAGAACCCUGCAUCUGCAGAAAUGAUAACGGCUGUGGGGGUAUGAAGCAGGAUGAUUAUGGUUCAUCUCGUAUUUUGUUAAUGGAUGACGAACAUAAUGCUUCUGCACAGAGACGGAUAUGAUGUCCAUUUGCAGAAUCGAUACAACAGUGACAGCGAGCUUCGUGAUAUACUCGUCUCUAGGUACCUUUCCCUGCUCAUCCGCAUCAUAGUGAUCGAAUAUCCCCUUCAGCAACCUGAUACUGUAUUGCGAAUGUGGAGCAAUCCCAUGUGGCCUUCUCCUGCUGCGUACACGUGCAAUCGUACCUGCUCAUCAACGUCAAUGAAACAACUUUGUGACAAACACGAAAGUAACCGAACAAGACUUCCACAGGACCUACGUAGAUAACAUCGUAGAUACUCUCUCCAUCAUCAUUGUCGUGUUAACCAUGGAUAAAUAUUUGGUGAUAUCAAUGCACAGAUGCAGUGCAUUUCAUGGGAUGGUUGA